AUGCCAUCCGAGGAGUCUAAGCCCGUCGAUCCCGCGGUCAAGGAGGCCGACGCCAAGCUCAAGGGCAAGCAGGCCGAGAUCGACUCCGAACCCGACGAAGGCCACGACCACGACCACGACGAAGAGCAGGAUGGAGGAGAAGCCGCCACGACGGCCGACGGCAGCGGCAGCAAGAAGCAGAAGAAGAAGAAGAAGUCGAAGCGUGACAAGGCCAAGGAGCUCCUGACGCGCAAGUCGGGGGACCAGGAGUCGGAUAUCAAAAAGGCCAUCGGCGGGCUCACGCCGCAGCAGAUGAAGGAGCUGCUGGCGCUCAACCCCAGCCUGGCCCAGGAGGUGUCGCAAGCCUCCGGCAGCGCGGACCCGACGCCCGAGCAGACGGCCGAGAUGCUCAGCAAGAUGAACCUGCAGGACAUCAUGACGGGGCUGGCGUCGACGGGCAAGAACGUCAAGGACAUGGGCGCCUACAAGUUCUGGCAGACGCAGCCCGUGCCCCGGUUCGGCGACGAGGACAAGGCCAUUGAGGAGGGCCCGCUGAGGAUCCAGACGGUCGACGAGGUGGACAAGGAGCCGCAGCCGCUCGUGGCGGGCUUCGAGUGGGUAAAGGUGGAUCUCUGCAGCGAAGAGGAGAUGAAGGAGGUGUACGAGCUGCUCAACGGCCACUAUGUCGAGGACGACGAGGCCAUGUUUCGCUUCAACUACUCUCCAUCCAUUCUCCGAUGGGCCAUGAUGGCACCAGGCUGGCAAAAGAAGUAUCACAUCGGCGUCCGCGCCAUCCAGUCCCGCAAACUCGUCGCCUUCAUCUCCGCCAUCCCCGUCCGCCUCCGCGUCCGGGACAAGACGGUCCUUUGCUCCGAGGUCAACUUCCUCUGCAUCCACAAGAAGCUCCGCGGCAAGCGCCUCGCCCCCGUCCUCAUCAAGGAGGUAACGCGCGUCAGCAACCUCGACGGUGUCUGGCAGGGGCUCUACACGGCCGGCAUCGUCUUACCCAAACCCGUCAGCACGUGCCGGUACUUCCACCGGUCCAUCAACUGGCAGAAGCUCAACGACUGCGGCUUCAGCCCCCUGCCGCCCGGGAGCAAGCCCCAGUACCAGAUCCGCAAAUAUGCGCUGCCCGACAACACGUCCACGAGGGGUCUUCGCGAGAUGAAGGAAAAGGACAUUGACGGCGUCGUCAGCUUGCUGAAGCGAUAUCUGGCCCGAUUCGACAUGGCGCCCGAGUUUACGCCCGAGGAGGCGCACCACUGGUUUAUUCCCAAGCCUGAUGGCGAGCAAGCCAUUUGGUCCUACGUCGUCGAGGAUAACGACAAGAAGAUCACCGACUUCUUCUCCUUCUUCUGCGUCGAGUCGUCCGUCAUCAACAACUCCAAGCAUGACAUCCUGCGCGUCGCCUACCUCUUCUACUACGCUUCGGAAAGCGGCCUCGCGCAGCCCUUUGACAAGCCGGCGCUUAAGACGCGCCUCAACAGCCUCAUCAACGACGCCCUCAUCCUUGCCAAGAAGGCCAGGUUUGACGUCUUCAACGCGCUGACGCUCAUGGACAACGCCCUGUUCCUGGAGCAGCAAAAGUUUGGCGCGGGCGACGGGCAGUUGCACUACUACCUCUUCAACUACAGGAUGAAGCACAUUGCCGGGGGCGUCAACAAGAAGAACCAGCUGGACGAGGACACUUGCAGCGGGAUUGGGCUGGUGAUGCCUUGA